UUUAAAGCGCUGCGGUGACGAAGGGGAAGAUGGAGAGCUAUAGCUUGCUCCUACAUGAACCAUCACGAGGGGUGAAGGUAUCGGUUUAUUUUUUGGAGUUGUCGGGGUGCGAGUAGACAUUAGCGUUGGAGAGGGUGUAGGCGUCGGUGGUACUGAUGUAUCAAUGCUGAGGUCCAGUGAUGUAUGAGACCGGAUCGCAGCUUGACGUUCAGGCUUAAGUAGUCUAUCCAAUGUGCCAUAGGAAAUGGAUGACGUCGACAUCGAACUCGCCGAGAGUAAUGUUCGGAAAUCUGGUACGGUUACAGCUGAAGUAGGAGCUAGGGUUAUUGGGAUACUGGCUGGCGUGGAAAACGCGAUGUUACAUCCGUCCACGGGUGAGCUGGCUGGCGUUGCCGCGUUGCAGGGGAAGCCACACGCCGGGUUAUCCUUGACAAUACGUCCGCUGUCAAUUGUAUGAUCGUGUUUGUAUUCAUGAAUUCGAGCGUGAUUGACGCUAGAAGUCCCAACGCUACGGGGAGUAAAAAGGCUAAUACUACGGCCGCGAGGU